UGGGUCUUAUUGCAGUGAGCUUGAACACGCAGAAGCGGAAGCAGCAGAGCAGCUCAGCUUCUGAGAAUGUUCAAAGUUUCUGAAGUUCGUAACCGGUUGGUGCUGGACUGUUCUGCUGAGGCGAAGUGAUCCGGGUCCUGGUCUGCAGCGGACCGCUGUGAGCUGUUAGCUUCAAAGUAAGUUUAGUUUCAGUUAAAAACAUGUCGACAGGAGACCGAAAGGGAGAGUCUGAGUUUCUGUGCAACCUGCCACCUAAGGUUCUGUGGGACUUCUGCCUGAUCAUGGACGGACUGUCAGACCUGGACUGGACCCGCUUCGCCUCAGUGGUCCUCAGUGAUCAAAGUGCCGUGCGAUUGGCUGAGAGGAUGCUGAGGCGGACCGACUGGGUGAUGAACCAAUGGGGGAACAGGAAGGGUCGUGUCAGCGAGCUGAUCGACCUGUUGGAGAGUCUGCAGCUGCUCCACCCUCGUGAUGUCAUCCUGGACUGGGUGUCCAGUGUGAAGCCUUCCUCCUCUCCUCUUCCUCUUGUCCAUCCUCCUCCUCGUCCCUCUCAGUUCGACCCCCCUCCCAAACCACCUAAAGCUCCGCCCACAGCGACCACCAUGAAACCGUGCACAACAGAUGAAGGUGGAGGAAGGUGGCUGCCCACACCUGCCCCACCCCCCACUGGUAUGCAGUCUCACUGCCAGGAACCGCCUCAGCCCUGCCCAGCAGAGGUGUCAUGGAGUGGCGGGGUGAUUUGCUGGUCGUAUGAAGAGGUGCAUGCUGGGACGGAGGGCUUCUCCCCUGCCCUGCAGGUGGGAGAGGGGGGCUUUGGAGUCGUGUACAGAGCGACUCUGAGCAACACCAACUGUGCUGUCAAGAGACUCAAACAGGACUGUCUGUUGGACUGGACCCGGCUGAAGGAGAGCUUUCAGACAGAAGUAGACAAACUGUCAAAGUUCAGACAUCCAAACAUUGUGGAUCUGUUGGGUUUCAGUGAAGGAGGAGAAUGUCUGUGUCUCAUCUACAGCUACAUGGACAACAGAUCACUGGAGGACCAACUACACAACGAGUGUGUAUCCCUCUCCUGGUCUCAGAGAGUCAGUAUUGUUAAAGAAGCAUCAACAGCUCUGCAGUUCCUUCAUUCCCCCCCAAAAGGACAAACAGCACUUAUCCAUGGAGACGUGAAGAGCUCCAACAUCCUGUUGGACCGUCACCUGGUGGCGAAGCUGGCUGACUUUGGGCUGGCUCGGUUUGCAUCUUGCAGCUCACUGGAGCACACGCCAGCUCAGACAGUGUCAGUUGGUAAGACUGCGACAGUUAGAGGAACACUGGCGUACCUCCCCAAUGAAUAUGUGAGGCACGGAAAGCUAGAGACAGCUGUGGACGUCUAUAGCUUCGGAGUGGUGUUGUUGGAGGUACUGACUGGUCGUCGAGCUUUGGAGAAAGACAGGAAGUCAGGAGAGAGAUACCUGAAGGACCUGGUGGUCGAAGUUGAGGACAGUGCAGCUGGUUUGUCUGCAGCAGCCUGGCAGAAACAGCUAGACCACCAGCUGAUCACAGGGGGCGCUGCAGAGCCUGUUGACUGUAUGAAGAUGGUGACUCUGGCCUGCGGAUGUCUGGACAGGAAUAGGAAGAAGAGACCGGCCAUGACGGAGGUGUUCAGCAAACUCCGGGAUAUCCACAAGAACGUGAUGAAAGCCAGCUGCUACUCCCAGUCCCUCCCCAGAGCUCCGAGCCCAGUAGACUCCAGUGCAGGAGCUUUGUCCCAACAGCUGUCCAAAAUGGGACCACUGGAGGACACCUACCCACCAGCCCAGUCCUGCCAGUUAUCCUCAUCGUCCUCCUCCUCCUUCUCUUUCUGCUCCCUCACCCCCCCUGACCCACUGCACUCCUCCUCUUCCCUCUCCCCGUCCUCGUCGUCACUUGUGGGCCCCUGUGAGACUGAUGAGAGUCGAGGCUUUUCCCAGUACGACCUUCACUCCCAGUUCAGAUCAAACAGGACCAGCUCCAGGUCUCUUUCCCCAUUCACCAGAGACCAGUAUGGCAGUCCAGUUGAGCCCGCAGACUCGCGGGUCAGCCAGUCUUCUGUUCCCUCUAAGGACAAUUACAACUUCCCUCCCCAGCCCUGCAGCACCAGCGACAGGUUUGGGGCCCUCACAGGGGCUCCCAAAGGACCAGAUGCUCAAAAGCAGACCACGGUAGGGGCCACGGCGGGGGCCACGGCGGGGGCCACGGCGGGGCUCUGUGGUGCCUCAGAGUCCUUCUCUCCUGUGAGCUCCCUGCACUCGCUGUUCCCAGGGCCCUCAGUCCACAUCAAUCCCAGUAAGCAGCAUUUCCUGCAGAAGAAAACUCUGUAUGAAGAGGGCAGGAUUCAGACUCCUGAGCUGCUGUCUUCUGAUGACCUCUAUGAAGAGAGGAGUUCGGUGGAGUUCAGAGGCCCAGAGGAGAGCGACGAGCUCGAUUAUCUUCCUGCCAAACAUGACUGACGGCUGUAAGCCUCGGCUGUUUCACUCUCGAACGCUCUUGACGCAGUGACUUCAGACACGUGUUGAAUCCGUUAACGGUUUGAGAUGUUCCAGCUGAGCCUUGAGAAGAGGAACGAGUAGCGCAUAACGUCAGAAGACAAAGCGUUUCUCUCCACUACGCUGAAAUCACAAGCAUUUUCACUCACUUUACAGAAAGUCACUUCCAGCACAGAGAUACGACAUUUCAGCGACAUUUCACGUGGACUGUUUCUUCACCUGUUCCCUCAUUUCACACAUUAACAUGUCAUUAUUUCCAUUUUUCAAUUAUUUUCCAAUGCUGAAAUACAGAAAACAUAUCAAUAUGAAUGUAGCCAAGGCAACUCUGUGUGGAUUUAUUGUCAUAUUUUCAUAUUUAUUGCUUUUUAUUUUAGAUUUGAAACAAUUAUAGCACAUAAUAUAAAA